UCGCGAAUCCAUUCAAAUAAGGCGACACGACCAUUCAGAGCGCCAUAUAAAUCUUCAAAAUUUGAGCUCGGCGCUCUGCUCUCGUUUCACGCAAACUCGGACGGACGAAGAUAUCGAGGAGGCCAUUAUUCUGUGCCAAGAGUCAUCAGCGGCUUUGUCUUCACUUCACCCUGACAUGUAUCUCAGCUACAUGCAGCUGCAGGAAACCUAUCUGCGUCGCUACCAAGUACGACACAACCAUGCCGAUCUGUCACUCGUUGUCAUGAGAGAUGAACAUCUGACGUUGCUUGAUAUUAUGGAGGGAGACAUUCCGCAUGCCGAGUUCGCAUUCUUGUUGGUGUAUCAUACCGCCGUUGGCGAUAAGGAGACGCCCGACGAAGUCGUUCACCUCGUCGCUGGUCAGUUUUCGGGGCUCAAGGGCGUCAUCGGCACGCUGUGGGAGGUUGACGACGUGGCCGCAAAACACGUUUCGAAGCGCUCUACAAGAACAUGCUCAAAGAUUUGAAGGAUGGUGGUGUCAUGGACUAUACGAAGGCGGCCUGGGCACUCAACCAUGCUACACACGCAGUGAAGACAAAAGUGCCACUCGAGCAGAGGAUGUUUUUCGUUCAUAACGGUGUGUAGUUC